AUGGACAGAGAAAUCGACGAAUGGGUGGCCACAUGCACACCCUGUCAGGAGUCCAGACUGGCUCCCCAAGAGGCACCCGAUAAAGAGUGGGAGCGACCACAAGCACCAUGGUUCAGGGUGCACAUUGACUUUGCUGGUCCUGUACAUAGCCAAACAUUCUUCAGAGUUGUGGAUGCUUACUCAAAAUGGUUAGAGGUAGUCCUGAUGACUUCUACUACUGUGGAAGCAAUCAUCAAGGUACUAUGGAGACUCUUCUCCACGCACGGUCUGCCCAAUGUCUUGGUCUCUGACAAUUGGCCGCAAUUUACAGCUAUGCCAUUCGAGACCUUCCUAGCAUCUCAGGGAAUCAGGCAUGCCCUGGUCGCACCAUUCCAUCUGGCCUCCAAUGGUCAGGCGGAGAGAAUGGUGAGAUCUGCAAAAGAGGCCCUCACUAGGAUGGGCCCAGGUGAUUGGCAAAUACAAAUCAACCACUACUUACUGAUUCAACACAUCACACCCAGUUCUACCACUGGGAGAAGCCCCUCUGAGCUUCUCAUGGGCUGUCACCUAAGAAAACCAACAGUAACUCCUGCACAAGCUAGUCAAAGCCUCACAAAACAAAAUAGCAGUACUUCCAUGUCCAACUCAAACCCGAGAAUAUUGGAAGACUUAUCUGACUUUGAUGCAGGCCUGAAGCAAGCUCCGAGUGAGUUAACUCCAGAAGCUCCAGUCGUGGCCUGUGAAAAGUUCCAGCAGUUUCCAUCAGGUAGAGCUGUGGAGCAAACAAGUCCGUCCGACUUGUCGGAAGGAACCACUCACACUGAACUGCGCAAGUCAGGCAGAGCUAUGCAAAAACCCACCUACCUGCGUGACUACGUCACCAGUUGGUUUGAUCUAUCCUAG